AUGUACACAGGUACGGUGUCCGGGCCGCAGCCGCAGCCACAGGGUCUGAUCGUGGAGACGGGCGCGGGCGCGACCGUGCUGCCGCUGCCGGCCACCACGCUGGAGCAGAUCCGGCACAUCGCGGCGGCGCCGGGAGCGUCCGUGCUGCGCCUGCCGCCCGCCGCCGCCGAGCCGCCGCCCGGCGCGCGCGAGGCCGACCUCGACCUGUGCUACGUGUGCAAGCACUGCAAGGUGGCGUUCCCCGCGCCCGUGCCGCUGCAGGCGCACCAGGCGCGCGCGUGCUACGCGGGGCGCGACGCGGCGCGCGGCCACGUGCGCGUCGUGCAGCCCGCGCUGGAGUGCCGCGCGUGCCCCGGCCAGCGCUUCCGCUGUGCCGCCGACUACCGCCGCCACGCCGACGCGCACGCGCCGCCCGAGCCGCUGUCCCACCAGAUGGAGGACGUGGUGAACCAGAUCACGCUGCUGGCGGCGCGCGCGGCGCAGGACCCCGCCGAGCCCUUCCCGCCGCCGCCGCGCUUCCCGCCCGACCUGCCGCUGGCCAGCGCCGGCCACUAGACUACCACGCUAUGUAUAGUUACUAAACUAGAGCCCCCGCUCUCUCCGUUGUCCGACAACGCAGCAGUUCACUAUUAGCUCUUAACGCUUCGUUUCGUUACUGAACGUCGCCGCAGAAGCGGCACUUUCCUAAUUAUACUUUUAAAGCUUUGUAGUAGUGUAAGUUAGGUUAAUUUAGUGGCCGACCGUCGUUGUCCCGUUUUAUAUGUUAGUGUGAGUGGGCUCGUUCCUAGACGGUCGGCCGGGCCGCCGCGCCGCGCACUGGGAGGCGGCCGGCGGCUCGAGGCCGCGCCAGCCCGCACAUCAUAUCAUACGUUAGACCUUAUUAUAUACUGUAUCGUCUCGCGGCCCGCGCGGCCGGCGCUACGGCGCACCUACCAUCAACUCCCAGGAAAGCAAGUUCCUAUCUUUAUGGCAUAUAAUAUUAUCGAUAUUGAUAAUUACGAUUUAAUUAUUGUUUAAAGCUAUGUAAUACAUACAUAUAAUCGUUCUAAUUUUAGGCAUAGAUACGUUCUCGUAAGAAGUUCCUGACGCAUCAUAAAUGUAUGGAGAUAUAUAUAGUGAUAUACGUACAUAUAUGAUUUUUUAAACAUGAAGUGGAAGUUAGGUACGUAUGUUAGCAGUAGAGCGGUGGUCCCAGCGGCGAGCCGCCCACCCGCUCGGCGCGGCGGUGGCGCUAGCCCCGCGCCCGCCGCCGCCGCGCGACAACCGCGACACACGGCGACACCGCGUAGGCUUAUUGGUAAAAGCUAAUUAUAAUAUUAUUAUAUCGUAGCAAAACUUUUCCAAAACGAACGAACUCGAAACUCGGGCUGCGCGCCAGCGCUCAGCCUACCUCGCAUACAAGUGAGUUUAUUUUGGAACUAAGUGUGAUUCUUGAAUUUUUAUUGAUAUUGUAAUGAUUAGUAGUGGCAUAAGAGAGUGUGAGGCCAGCGCUACAUGCCGGCCGCGGCUACAUGCCGGCCGCGCAACAUGCCAGCCGAGCUACAUGCCGGCCGCGCAACAUGCCGCCCGCGCCGCGCGCUCACCGCGUGUCGCAUGUAGUGGAUUCAUCACUUUACUGUGUGCGUGGAGUCCCUUAUAUUUUCGAUGGCACAGAUCACGUUAUUUAACAUAUUUACAUAUUUACAUUUUAUCUAGCGGAGUCUACUACAAUAUUUUAUCUACAAGUGAAUCCUACUACAACAUUGAGUUUGUUUUUGUGAAGUGCAAUGUUUUAUGCCGCCGGAUGCCGGCGGUGCUUGUUAUCCUAGUGCCGGGCGCGCGGCCGUGGGCCUCCCCGUCGCGGGAGAUAUCACACAGUUACUCCUACCAUAGACUAAUACGCUAAUAUAAUAAAUAAUUAGUGUAUUAGUCUAUGCUCCUACAUAGUCUAUGUUGCUACACAGCCCACGUUGCGCGUAGCUCGCCGCGCGCCCGCCCCGCGAAGGCGCGCGAUACAACAUCAUUAUUUAGUUUACGUUGAAGACGUCUAGUUUAUAUUAAUUGAGGUACAUAGCUCCUAUCGGAUAGUUUGUUGGUCGAAUGAUGUUAUGUUCUUAGCUCCACCGCGGUAGUGAGUGUUGGACGGUUAGCGAUCCAUUAUCUAGGAGAUGUUUAUUUUGAUCAGUUUGUAAUCGGGAGUAUGUGUAAGUAAGUAUAGUAGUGCGGUGUAGCGCCCGGGCUGCCCCGGGCGAGUCAUGGUUCCUAUGUAUAUUUCAAUAUUAUCGCAUCUAGAGUUUCACUAUACUUUCCGAAUACAAAUUUUAAUAUUUAAGAUUAAUUCGGAUUUGUCUGUUGUUCCAGCUGCCGUGCUCGCGGGCAUGUUGUUUGUUUAUUAUUGUUUUAUAUGUUUAUAUUAUUUACUCCUAGUGAUUUCUCAGUAUACUAAUAUCAACUUGAAGUGUCGACUAUGUUGUUGGUUGAUCCUCACAGUUUAGUCGUAGUGGUUUCAUAAUCAAGUAGGAAAUAAAAAUGUUUAAGAAUAAGUUAUAAACACGACACUACUCGUAGCACUCAAACUUUGUCUAUCAUAGUUCCUAAUAUUGUAUGAGAAUACAUUAUAAAAAAUAUUAACCCUGCACUAGUGAAAUUAUACCGUUCCUACUUUUGUAAUCUAUGAGAAUAUUAUAUUUACUUAAACGAACUUUUACUUGUGUUUUAAAAAAUCCUAAUAAAAUUACUAGAAAUGUGAAAUUUAUUAUUUAAUUUUAACUUAGAUUAUUAAAACCUACACUAUUUUAAGUUAUCUUUGUGAACCAAUAGCUCCUAAUUCGUAAUGUUUAUUAUUACUUACAUCUAAAUAACCUAUGUUAUGAUAAUUUGUUUUACCUCCUACUAUGCUAAAGACAUUUUAUGCAGACCUUUGACAUUGAAUUUAUCAUCUAUACACUAAUCAUAAAUAUAAUCAAUUAAAUAAAUACAUGUCAUGAGUUUUAUCUACUGGAAUUUAACUGUAUAACUUAAGUAAUAUCACUAUGAAAAAAAUACAUUUUAAAGAAUCAAAUCUAUAAACUUAAUAAACAAAUGUUAAGAAGGUCUUUAUAAAGUGUACUAUACUGAGUUUGCUACAGGAAAUCUUCCAAAAUCAAGAUAUUCAAACAUAAUUAAUAAAGAAUACAUAAUGGUUAUGUAUCUUUCAAAAACAAUCAUACAGGCGUACUUUAUUCAUCAUCGUACUUUGUAAUAAAAAUAUAUGAUAACUUUACAAAAUAAUAUCUGUGGAGGGAUAUUCCAGAAGCGAAUGCAGUAUAGCUUUAGCAGUUCUACUAUUUUUGUCAACCCUAUAUCUUUUCGUAGCACGCUCGUAGCACUGUCGUAGCACGUGCUACGUCGUAGCGCUACGCCGCCCGGUAGCUCGCAACAGAUUCGAAUACAAUGUCAAGUGUAAAUGGUAAAAAUAAACUCAAAGUUAGUUUAUCAGA